CAGCUUCUCAGAGCCACCUGACAAAUGACAAGUGACGACUUCAGUUCUUGAUUUGCAGUCAUGUCCUCCACUCAGAUGGCAUUCAUCACAAUGACAGUCUACAGGACGGUCGAAUCUUCUGUUUUAUAUCCAAGACUGAAUCGGCUCAUGUGGUUUGUUCAUUAAUUUAAAUCUAAUAUGUUUUUGUGUUAAGUGAGAAGACAUCAUUCGGCUUUUGAUGUAAAGCUUCACUCUGGGAGGUCUUGUAUUCUGACGUCUCUCAAGCCCACCUGCUCACUCCGCUUUGCUCUUCUGCUCUGUGCACAUUUCUAGAUGUUUUCACAUUGACACUCGGUGGUCAAUGCUGUCCACUUCCUGCUCAGUUAUCACAUCUCCAGCACGUCAGCCAUUUCUAACUCAUAAAGGCUCAUCUCUCGGUCACAAUGGACAUCAGACUUGUUGUGAUUCUCUCCAUCUUUAUAACAUGUGUUGUCCCCAGGCUCAUCUCUCCAGGGUCCCCAGAAGUGAUUGAAUGUGACCUGAGGGACAUCAAUGUGGUCAUCUGGUACCGGCAGUACCCUGGUCAGCCCCCGGUGGCUUUAGGGGUCUAUGACAACAACUCAGCUCUUCCACCAAUGAUGUUCGUUGACUAUUUUAAUGGAGUCUUUUCUUAUUCCAAUGAGACUGCGACUUUAACAUUUAAAAAUGUCACCAAAAGUGACGCUGCAACUUAUUAUUGUGCGAAGAAGGAGAGUCAGAGGUCCGUGUUUGGGAAUGGAGUCACGCUGACUUACGAGGAUACGUACAAAAAUCAAACUUCAAAUUCCUCUUCCUUUGAGAAUGUCACCUGUGCCAACUGGCACCAAGAUGUGACGUUGUAUAAAUACUCCACCAUUGCACUAGCUGUGACUUUGGGCCUCGUGGUGCUGGUUGCUUUGUAUUUGAAAAUCAAAGAUCUCAUUUUCUCCCCAGUCCAAAAGGACCAGCAGACUCAAGAGAAUGACACACAAUAUGCAGCUUUAGAUUUUGAAACAAAGCAAAAGAAUAAAAAAAGAAAGAAUAAAAUAAUGACAGCAACCAGCUUUGAAACAGAAUAUGCGGACAUCGUUCAACGGGGCACCAGAGCUGUGUGAAGAGAAGGUCGGGCGAGGCGUUGGCAUUUUGUUCAGAGUUUGUGAGGAAUUUGUCAAAGUUUUUCAUUUCUGUUAUCUCUGUAAUACUAAAAUUGAAUAUGAAAUAAAAUGGAAUAUAAAGUAUA